AUGAACAGUUCAAAUGUCGAGAAGACUGACGUAGUGACAGGGUGCUCCGGCUCGACCACCGACCGCCGCAAUGCCAUGACAUUGCUGGCUUCGAACUAUGAGAACAAAUCCGUUGAUGUGCAGACAUCUCCGGUCAUUGGUGCUGCGUAUUGGUGGCACGAGUGGCAGCGAUCAGAUCUUGACAAGCUUGCGAAUGCCUUCGUUGCGGGCCACUUAUCGGAGUGCUCGUCGUACAGCACGGGCGGCAACUACACCGGGUUCAAGGACCUCGAGUGCCUUGGCUGGGACAACAUUGGCUACCCCAUCGUCGAAAUCUCACGGCCUGGCGACGUUGUCAUCACAAAAAACAAGGGCUCGGGAGGCGAAGUUUCAGUCAAUACACUCACAUCUCAGUGCCUCUACGAGAUCCAGGGUCCUCGGUACUUCAACUCUGACGUGACCGCCGUGCUAGAUCAUAUCUCAUUUGAGCACAUCUCAGGAACACCGCGUCGCUCUCAAAGGGGUCAAAGGUGCGCUUCCACUCCGACAACAAAAGUGGGGAUUACUGUGAAGCCAAUCCACCAAGCCGAGAUGCACUGGUUCCUGACGGGAUUGGACAUACCUGCGAAAGCGCGCAUGUUGGAGCAGCUCAUCCGUGCGCAGGUGGGUUCUCAUAUUGAGGAGCUUGUGCACCUUUCUUUCCAGGUAAUUGGAUCCUGCGCAGAGAAUCCCACAACUCAGAACGCCGCCACAGUCGACUUUCGUGCGAUCGCUCAAGCACGUAGGGCCGAUGAUCUUGGCCCUGCGAAGUUGGUGCGGUCAUGUAUUGAUCCCAUCAUGUGUGCUUACCCAGGCGGCAGCUUUAACCUCGAUCUUCGACAAGCAUUUCCCAAGGAAGUGUUCGACUACUUUGUCACUAUCUUGCCCCCAUUCGCUAUCCAACACAAAGUGCACCUUGCGGCUGAAGCGGCGAUUGACAUGCCACCACCUUCAGACACUAAAAUAUGGCUAGAUCAGUAG